AUGAUAGACAAAGAGAGGAAGAAAGCAACAUCCAGAACCAGACGGGGACAUGCCAGAGGGAGAGCCAGACAUGGUGGUGAGGAAGAUGGGGAUGAUGAUGAAGAUGUGCCGAGGAGAGCUGGGAAUCGCAGGCACAGAAAUAGAAGAGGACGUGGAAAAGCAUCUGGAAAUGAGGGCAGUGAUUCAGAGGUGGAAUCUCGCAAAACUAGGAAGAAUCAGGCAAAUGAGAAAUCCAAGGAAGAUGAUGAAGAAGAAGAAGAUGAGAAAGGAUGUAAAAGUGGGAAAGGAAAAAAUGAAAAAAAACAGGAUAAAAAGUCUGAUAAGAAAGGGAAAAAAGAGAAGGCCAACAAGAAGAAAAAAGACAAAAAGAAAUCAGGUUCAGGGUCCGAUUCCGAUUCUGAAGAGGAACCGAUUACAGAGGAGGAAUUGGCCAAGCUGAAAGAGGAGGUAGAGGAAAAAAAGAAGCUAAUUGCCACUCUACGAAACAAGCCGUGGAAGAUGAAAAAAAAGCUGUCUGUUCUGAAGGAAGCCCAACUUUUUGUUGAAAAGUUUGAAGGUGCCCUUGGGAAAGGAAAAGGAAAAAAGUUCUAUGCAUACAAAGUGAUGAUGACCAAGAAAUGGAUGAAAUUUCAAAGAGAUUUUGAAAACUUUAAGACAGCCUGCAUACCCUGGGAAAUGAAAAUUAAGGAGAUAGAAAGUCACUUUGGCUCAUCAGUAGCUUCUUAUUUUAUAUUCUUACGCUGGAUGUAUGGAAUAAACAUGAUUCUUUUUGGACUGACCUUUGGACUUGUAAUGGUGCCUGAGGCUUUGAUGGGAAAGCCAUAUGGUUCUUUACCUAGAAAAACUGUCCCACGAGCUGAAGAAGCAACUGCAAUGAACUUUGCUACUCUCUGGGAUUUCAGUGGCUUUGCACAAUAUUCUGUGCUAUUUUAUGGUUAUUACAAUAACCAAAGAACAAUUGGAUGGCUAAAGUUCAGGAUGCCUCUUUCCUAUUUCCUUGUUGGAGUUGGGACAAUUGGCUACAGCUUUAUGAUUGUCAUUCGAACUAUGGCAAGAAACGCAAAUGAAGAUGGUGGUGGAGAUGAUACGAGUUUUAAUUUCAGCUGGAAAAUGUUCACAAGCUGGGACUACCUGAUUGGCAAUCCUGAGACAGCAGAUAAUAAGUUUGCUUCCAUCACAACAAGCUUUAAGGAAGCUAUUGUGGAGGAGCAGGAGAGCCGGAAAGAGGAAAAUAUUCACUUGACUCGAUUCCUGAGGGUUCUUGCUAACUUCUUGGCCCUGUGCACGCUUGCUGGGAGUGGUUACCUCAUCUUUUUUGUUGUGAGAAGAUCCCAGAAAUUUGCCCUGGAAGGUCUGGAGAACUACGGGUGGUGGGAGAGAAAUGAAGUGAACAUGGUGAUGUCACUUUUAGGAAUGUUCUGUCCAACACUUUUUGAUGUGAUCAGUUCUCUGGAAAACUACCACCCUCGCAUAGCUCUAAGAUGGCAGCUGGGACGCAUCUUUGCUCUUUUCCUUGGCAAUCUCUACACUUUCAUUAUUGCCCUGAUGGACGAGAUCAAUCUCAAGUUGGAAGAAGAGAAGAUAGUCAAAUAUAACAUGACAAUAUGGGAAGCUAGUCUGUAUAAUGGUACUAUUCCAGAAAAUUCAACUGCUCCUCCCAUACAGGUGGACCCUGCAGAUGUCCCAAGAGGGCCUUGCUGGGAAACAAUGGUAGGACAGGAAUUUGUGCGGCUGACAGUCUCUGACACAAUGACUACAUAUAUCACGAUUCUAAUUGGUGAUUUCUUGAGAGCUGUCUUCGUUAGGUUUUUCAAUUACUGCUGGUGCUGGGACUUAGAAUAUGGAUUUCCAUCAUAUUCGGAGUUUGAUAUAAGUGGGAAUGUGCUGGGACUGAUCUUUAAUCAAGGCAUGAUCUGGAUGGGAUCUUUUUACGCACCAUGCCUCCCAGCGAUCAACGUUUUCCGGCUCCAUACUUCCAUGUACCUCCAGUGCUGGGCAGUGAUGUGCUGCAAUGUGCCCCAGGAGAGGGUGUUCAAGGCUUCCAGAUCCAACAACUUCUACAUGGCCAUGCUGCUCUUCAUUCUCUUCCUGUCCACCCUACCUGCCGUUUACACUAUUGUCUCCAUCCCACCCUCUUUUGACUGUGGUCCUUUCAGUGGGAAAACUAGAAUGUUUGAAGUGAUAUCAGAAACGCUGGAGCAUGACUUCCCUUCUUGGUUUGGGAAAGUAUUUGGAUAUGCCUCCAACCCUGGACUCAUCCUACCUUUCAUAUUGUUGAUGGUCCUGAGUAUUUAUUAUCUCAAUGCUACAUCCAAAUCCUACAAGGAAGCUAACCUGGAACUUAAAAAGAAGCUACAAACAAGCAGAAGAAAAUAA